GACCCACGCUGCACGACGGAGCAUAUAAUUGAACCACCAUCCUUGUGCAUUCUGUAGUGAGUCUGGCAAAACUCACUUUCAUACUCUACGCAUACGAUUGAGUGCAUUGCGUAUUGGAAAUCAUGAGCGGAAAUCGAGAUUGGAAACGGGAAGAGGAGGAAGAGGACGAGAAUGACCAAGAAAUCGAUGAAACUAGCUACAAAGCGCAAAAGGAUGCCAUCCUUGUUGCAAUUGAAGUUAGCGACAAAAUGCUUGAGCCACCCCCGCCAUCUGACUCCAAAAAAGCAGACCGUGACAGCGCCGUUCAAGCCGCGCUUAAGUGCGCAUAUAGCUUGAUGGAGCAGCGCAUUAUUUCCAACCCCAAAGAUAUGAUGGGAAUUCUGCUCUUUGGAACGGAAAAGUCAAAGUUUCAUGAGGAUGCAGGUAGCGGGGCUCUGGGAUAUCCCCAUUGCUACUUGCUAACUGAUCUCGAUGUGCCUGCUGCCGAGGAUGUUAAGGCGCUAAAGGCACUGGUCGAGGAUGACGAUGACGACGACGUUCUUGUCCCAGCCAAGCAAACCGUGUCAAUGGCGAAUGUUUUAUUUUGUGCCAACCAGAUAUUUACUACAAGAGCAGCAAACUUUGGCAGCAGAAGACUCUUCAUUGUCACUGACAACGACAAUCCACAUUCAGCAGACAAAGCCGCUCGUUCGGCUGCUGCUGUUCGCGCUAAAGAUCUUUAUGACUUGGGUGUUACAAUUGAUCUCUUCCCAAUCUCUCAUGGAGGAUCGCAGUUUGACCUUGCCACAUUUUAUGAUGAUAUUCUUUACCGCGACCCUCUUGCUGAAGCCAAUUCCAUGGAAGUUAGUGUAUCCAAGUCUGGUGACGGUAUUUCGCUGCUAUCGUCUCUCGUCUCCAAUAUCAACUCCAAACAGACACCAAAACGAUCACUCUUUUCUAACCUACCAUUUGAAAUUGCGCCUGGGCUCCAAAUUUCGGUCAAGGGAUACAACAUUCUUCAUAAGCAAGCUCCUGCGCGCACCUGCUACAUCUGGCUCGAUGGACAGAAACCUCAGAUUGCUACCGGAGAGACCACGCGACUUGCCGAGGAUAGUGCCAGGACAGUCGAUAAGGUUGAAUUUAAAAAAGCCUAUAAGUUUGGUGGAGAGUACGUUUAUUUCACACCAGAUGAGCAAAAGUCUUUGAAAGACUUUGGAUCACCUGUAAUCCGGAUCAUUGGCUUUAAGCCCAAGAAGAUGAUUCCGAUUUGGGCCAGUGUCAAAAAAUCGACCUUUAUCUUUCCAAGCGAAGAGGACUAUAUUGGAUCGACACGAGUUUUCACAUCCUUGUGGCAGAAGCUGCUGAAAGAUGAUAAAGUUGCCAUUGCAUGGUGUAUAGUUCGUUCGAAUGCGCAGCCGAUUAUGGCGGCGAUUAUGCCGUCCAAGUCUCAGUCUGACCCAACUUCUGCUACACCAUUCUUGCCAGCUGGACUCUGGUUAUACCCGCUACCUUUUGUUGACGACCUCAGAGAGAUCAAGCCGCCUGGAGCACUUUCGCAGAGCUCAGACACACUGAAGACACAGAUGAGAACUAUUGUUCAACAGCUUCAGCUUCCUAAAGCAAUGUUUAAUCCCUUGAAAUACCCCAAUCCCGCGUUGCAAUGGCACUACAAAAUCUUGCAGGCAUUAGCUCUGGAAGAGGAAGUGCCGGAGAAGGCAGAAGAUGCCACCCUGCCCAAGUUCAAGGCCAUUGCUAAACGUGCGGGCGGUUAUUUCGAAGACUGGGCAUCCACAUUGAAAGGAGAUGCCAAGGAUGCAGUACAUUCACGAGCCACAAAAAGAGAAGCUGAUGAUGAUGACAGCCGUCCGACGAAGCGAAGCAGGUCCGUGACAGCUGACAAGCCAGGAGGAUCAAUAGGCGUAAAGGAACUGAGAGAAGCUAUCGACAACGGGAAGAUAGCAUCUUUCAAGGUUGCGCAGCUCAAGGAGAUUGCUGAAAGUAAGGGCCUGGGAUCCGGCGGCAGGAAGGCUGACAUUAUUGAACGAAUUGAGCAAUGGGUUGAUGAGAAUUCGUGAACGAGCGGUGUUGUGUAGUUGGAUGGGGCUCGACUGUAUGAAUUAGCUAUUUGCACAUAACGAAAUAUUGUAUCUUUUUACGGCGUUAAUAACUGCACUGAUUCUAACAGAGAUCAAUGCAAUGAAUUGAACUAAACC